GGCCACGUGACCCCGGCCCCGCGGGAGCCGAGCGGCGAGUUCCAGUUCCGCGAGUCGGAGGGGGGCUGGGCACGCCCUGCCCCGAGCCCGCCGCGACCAUGCUGUCCCGCUUGCUGAAAGAACACCAGGCCAAGCAGAAUGAACGCAAAGAGCUGCAGGAGAAGAGAAGGCGAGAGGCCAUCACUGCAGCGACCUGCCUGACAGAAGCUUUGGUCGAUCACCUCAAUGUGGGUGUGGCCCAGGCCUACAUGAACCAGCGGAAGCUUGACCAUGAGGUGAAGACCCUGCAGGUCCAGGCAGCCCAGUUUGCCAAGCAGACAGGCCAGUGGAUCGGGAUGGUGGAGAACUUCAACCAGGCACUCAAGGAAAUUGGGGAUGUGGAGAACUGGGCUCGGAGCAUCGAGCUGGACAUGCGCACCAUUGCCACUGCGCUGGAGUACGUCUACAAAGGGCAGCUGCAGUCGGCCCCCUCCUAGCCUGCCUGCUCUCCCUGCCCCUACUCCUCCCACCUGCCCCAGGUGGGCAGGAGGGAGGCUGACAGCCCGUGAAUAAAACACAAGCCUCCA